CGACAGAUUGAUGCCAAUAUGGUCGCCGUACCUGGGUGCCCUGGUUAAACUUGAUAUUCAAAGAAGCUUUUUCUCCAACAGAGGCUGGUAGAGGAGCACCAUGCAGUCAGGAGGUGAACUGCAGCUGUCAUUGCAGGGCUCUCAGCAGGAGAGGGGAGCCUUGCUGCCUUCAGAUCCAGGAAGAAACGCCUUCCUGCCUGAACUUCGGUCAAGCGUCACAGUUGAUAAGACGAAGCCCUUGCCAACCUCACUACAAAGUGACUUCAUUCCUGAAGACAUUUUGUUUGCCCUCACUCAACCUCCAGCCACCAAAGACAAGUUGGGUCCCCCGUCACGAGUUAGGAAUCUAAACACCACUUCCGGUAUCAGCCGGCCCCCUCCAGCUAACGUAUGGAGCCACAAGCGGAGAGAUCGCUUCAAGCACUUGAUGGAAAACACUCCUUGUGCCUGCGGCGCUGGAAAGGACAUUUCCUUCUUGUACGAUGUACCUCAGUCUAUGGUUCACCCCGCAAAACCUGACCUCCUGGACAAGAGUGCAGUAAGAAAGGGAGAUGAUCAGACCAUUGGAAAGCCCCUCCACCUCCCUGACACGCUCAUUCCUGAUGAGUACCAUAUCGUCAAGAACAAGGGUGUCCUUGGUAUUGAGUACCAUGAAGACAAGUACAGCACAAAACCAGAGGAUCAUGAGAAACACUUGGUUUCCUUUCCCUCCAUGAAACCAGCCAGUCGCUAUGAAGUCAUUCAAUUGAAGACUGCUUUGAACAACAUGCUGGACAAAGCAGGGGUCAAUGACCUUGACACGGACACAGGCACUGGACCCACACAGAUGCAUAACCUCCUGGAGCUGAUCAAGAAGGAACAGAACAUCUACAACAUUGUUUUCCAUGAGCUUAUCAGACAGACCAGCAUUGAAUGUGUUGAGAGAGGUGAACUUUUGGCAGAACUGAGGAACAAGUACAGUGACCUUUUGAAUAAAGUUCCUCAACAGAUUAUGAGCUUGCAUGAGGAGGUUAUGGCCCAACGAGCUUUGGACAGGCGACUGACGGAUGAGCUUAUGAGAUUCAAGGGAACUAUCGGGGUCCUCACAAGUGAACUCACCGAGGUCAAAGAGCAUGACAAAAAGGUGACAAAGGAGGCUCAGAAGGCUCAGCAAGAUCUGCGCAGUGCCUUAGCCGAGUCUCAGAAGAACGCCAGCCUGCUGGCCGAGUACCACGACCUGUAUGAGCUACAGAGACGACGGCUGGAGAGGCAGGUGUUUAUGCUGUCCGAGGAGAGGGAGAUUUGGAGCACUGCUGCUUACAGUCUGGCUCUGAAGGUCACUGAGGAGUACCAGCUGAGUACAGCCAAAAGAUUGCAGCUGUCGGAAAAGGGAUGGGUGAAGAUGGCCAACCAUUUCACAAUACUGCUCAGUGAUAGGGACACAGAUCUCCUCACUAAAAUUCAGGGAUUUGUUGAGAACUGGCGUGACCUGAUUGAAGACUUCAAUAUUGCCCUGAAACAGAGAGAGGAUGAGAUGAGAGAGAGUCUAAGGGGUAUCCGUUCUGGUGUUGAAGAAUUCCUGAAAACUUUCCAGCAAAAAUACCUGGAUCAAGACGGCGGAGUGAUCAAGAAACCUGAAGACGACUUUGCCCGUAACCUGGUCGGCAGUAUCAAGUCGUGGGAUGAGGCCAUCAUCAGAGAGACGGAUGUCUUUGGUGGAGACAGCCUGCUCAACAACCAGGAAGAGUUGUCCCACAUUCGCCGGGAGAUGGAGGGUUGGACGGACAAUGCCCUCAAAGUGUUUAGCCGUCACCGUGGCACCGCGGGGAAGACCCAUCCUGACCAAGUGGCGAUGCUCGCUAUGAAUGAGGAAGUUGACCAGUUGUUGACCCAGUUCCAGCACAGGAUCACAGGAGAGAAUGGUGUGGCCGGCCUGAUCAUCCACCUUCAGAGCGCACUGGAAAACUGGGAGACAAGGCUCAUGUCUAGCCUCCAGGGGGUGCUCAACCUGCAGGAGUCGGACUGGGGCAGCCUGUACCAGGCGCUCGAGGACUGGCUGGCCUCCCUUGGCCAGGCCGUUGAGUAUGUGGGCACCACACAGAAAGACGAAGACAGACAGGAUGGUCGCCCCCACUCUAGUAUUGAUAUUCACGACGUGGUGAGGAAGACUCAGAAGUGGGCCACCACAGCCAGCAACUCCAUAGACAGCGAAGAUGCCAAGCUGGUGGAGCAGGUGAGCUCCCUGCAUUCGGAGAUGAUUCGCUGGAUGGUGCAAGUCCUGCUGCGUCUGGCCCCGGACAAGGAAGGCAACUCCAAAGAAUCCAACGAGAUGGCGCUGCUGGGCAGUGCGUCGGUGCCCCAGCUCACAGAGGUGGCCAAGACGCUGUUCGAGAGCCUGGAGACGUUCUCCAACUACGUCAGGCUGUGCUGCAACGGGAUCGUGAUGGAGAACACGCAGGCACGACAGGACAACAACGAGGACAACGCGGACCACGAGCUCAAGGAUCUACAGAGGCUCAGGAGUGAGUGCGACGACUGGGUACAAACGGCCCAGAUCCUGAUGUCCCAGCUGACGGGAGAGUCUAUAGAAGAGCUGUUCCCUGCCCGUGCCUCCACCACGCUAUCCAAGAAACCUGUGACCCCUGCUCCGGAGAACAGGGUGGCUUUUGUGGACAUGGAGAAACUGGGGGAUUCUACGGCGCGACAGGAGUCGACCGUGUCGGGAGAAACGAAAGAGGAAGGGCCAACGUCCUCAGAACCAGAUGCCUCGUCGUCGGUGACGGAGACAGCUACGGCAGACACAAGAGACGGAGAGCUUACCUCUGAGUCGGACGAAGCAGCAGCCCCACCAUCAGAACCGACCCAUCCAGCACAGCCGGACGCGUCGGAAUCGAACCAACCCGCCCCGCCUGCCGCGUCUGCACCGGCACCUAAAGCAGCCUCUCCCGCCAAGCCUGCGGAGCAGCAGGGAGAGAAGAUUGAAGUGCUGGGGUUCGAUUCCCAAACCCACAAACACAUGAUUGAGGCCGCUCAAGCGCAGGCUCUAGGCACCGUGCCCGUCAACCCAGGCGUGGACGGCUCCCCAGACACAAAGAAGGCGUUUGAGGCAUUGGCCGCCGUGCAGACUCUACAGAUACAGCUGCUGGGUGCUGAAGAAAGAGCCCAGCUGUCCGAGGAGAGAGCUUCUCAGGCAGAGGCUGACAUUGUAGACCUGGAGGAAAAGGUUCGAGCCCUGGAGAAGCAACUGGAGAAACAGGCAGAGCAGCUGGAAAAGCAGGGCACACAAGGUCCUGCCAAGUCUGCGACUCCGUCUCAGGUGACGUCAGCGGCAGGGGGCACUGCACCAAGCCCCGCCCACACCGACUCCCCGCGCGCCCAAUCUGAGGGCAAAGACGAAAAGAGUGGUCGGAAAUCUGGGCGGUCUAGCGGCAAGUCGUCCAAAAAGAAUAAAUAGGCUCGGAGGACGAGGAUAAAUGUCGUCCCUUUAAGUGUACCAGAUCCUGAGUGUUUGUUUCUCCUCCUGUGAGCACAGAAUGCAGUGGGCAUUUGCUGACCGUGUCAAGUAGGAGACUUUUCUAUCUAUGAAUUCAAACUGACUGAUCCUCCACAACGUCAGAAUGGUAGACAUGUACCACCAGAUAGAUCUAAUUCGUGUCAUUUUUUGUACAAAACUGAGUGUAGGAUGAUAGAGUAACAUUGUAUACAGAAUGUUCUUUCAACAAUAAAUUUUGAUUCUUUUUUCUUUGA